AUGGAAUCAAUAAAAAUUAAGCAUCAACAAACAGAUAAUAUGGAGAAAGUUAGAUUAGAGAGGAUCACAGAUGAUGAAUUGCUGGAUCUUAAGAAAGCUUUGGAAAAAAAGAAGGACAGUGAAGACUUCUAUGGCAUUCUAUCUGUACUCAAAGUUCUUACCCACAAGUAGAUUACACUUGAACAUCUUCAAAACACUAAAAUUGGCAAAACAAUCUCAAGUUUGACGAAAAUAGAGGUAAAAGGCAAGGAUAGCGAUAAUGAAGCUUAGAACAUAAGGUAGCAAGCUGAGAGUUUAAUUGAAAGGUGGAGGAAGGUAUCAAAAAUGGAGAAGAAUAAGAAGAUUGAAUAAAAGCCAGAGUCAAAGCCUGAACCAAAACCAGCAUAAGCCUAAGGUAUCGUCACUGAUAGUAAUCAUAGCUCAGCUGGCAAUGGAAGUGCUAGAUAGGGGCUAUUUAUACCUUUAGGCUUGAAGAUCCACACAGGAACUGGCUACAGAGAUGCAAUGAUCAAGAAAUUUAUUGAGUUAAUGCAGGUGCCUCCUGAUGAAGAUAACUAUAAUGAAGAUCAGCUAGAUUGUGCUGCUCAUUUGGGCAAUAAUAUUGAGAAAGAACUUUUUAACAAAUUUCCCAAUAUCAAGGAAUACUAAGAUAAAGCUAGGUCAUUAGUUUUUAAUCUAAAAGACUCAAGAAAUCCAGAAUUGAGAGUGAGUUUGAUGCAAGGUAUACUAAACCCGACUUAACUAGUAACAAUGGACCCAAAAGAAAUGGCAAGCAGCCAAUUGAAGGAAUAGAGAGAUAAGAUCAUCAAGGAUAACUUGAAUUCAAGAAGAACUGAUUGGCAUUUGGAGAACGCAGCUGCUAAGGGCAAUGUUGGUUUCUUCACUUGCAGAAAGUGCAAGUCAAAGAAUACUACCUACUUCCAGAUGCAAACUAGAGGCGCUGAUGAGCCAAUGACUAACUUCGUCACUUGUCUGGACUGCAAAAAUUAGUUUAAAUGUUGA